UUUGUAUGCUUAUUUCAUUUCCCACAACAAAAUGCCAGACUUGGGAAAUCUCUCACUCUCUGCAUCUAUUAUGCUCACUCGGUGCCCUAAUCUCAAACCAGUCGUCGAUCCUUCUGAUCUGACCUCCACCUUCCUCUGCGAUCAAUCAGUUAAAUCUCUGGCCACUGACUGUAUUUGGGGCCGGGGGUUUCAUUGUCAGUUCCUCAACAACGAUGAGGUCGGUGGAGCCUGUGAAAUUAGGGUUCCGAGGCAGAGCGCAGACGCGUUGGACCGAUCUAAAAAGCCUUUCAGUGGGAAGACUUUGGAAGACCACGUGAAAUCUUGGGUCCGGAGGAAGCAAGAGUCGGGCGUUCCCGAGUCUCGGUGUUCAUUUCCGUUUCUCGACGGCUCUCGGAAGAUGGUAGUAAAAGAAUGUCUAUGUUGCCGUAGACAUAUAUUUCAUGGGGAGGAGGUCCAAUGCACUGUUCGUGGCUGUGGAGGAGUUUAUCAUGCAAUAUGUGCUAAGGAAACCUUGGGGGUCUCAAAUCACAGGAAAUUCAAGUGCCCCCAACAUGAGUGCUUUGUAUGCAAACAAAGACUACAUUGGAAGUGCAUACGCUGCACUAUAGCAUCGCAUGAUAAAUGUGCACCAUGGCCAGAUAAAGUGUUGCAUUUAAUAAAUCAACCUGGAAGAGCCAUCUGCUGGAGGCAUCCAUCCGACUGGCGAGUGGACGUAAAGCAUGCAGUGUCAACAAGUGACAUAGAGGAGGUAUUUUGUCGCUUGCCUCUUCCAUAUGUUGACGAGGAAUUCAAGAUUGACAUAACAUGGAAAGAUACGGAGAAAAAGAUGGAACCACCGCCAUACACCCACAUAAGGCGCAAUAUUUAUCUAGUAAAGAAAAAGCGGGAUAAUGGCGUUGCUGAUGGCCUUGGAUGUACAAACUGUAAAUCUGAAUGCUCCGAUGACUGUGUGUGCAGGGUUCAAUGCAUAAGCUGCUCAAAGGCUUGCCAUUGUAGAGAUACUUGUACAAACAGACCAUUCCGUAAGGAGAAGAAGAUCAAAAUUGUUAAGACUGAACUAUGUGGCUGGGGUGUGGAGGCAGCUGAGCCUAUUUGUAAAGGUGAAUUUGUCAUCGAGUACAUUGGGGAAGUUAUUGAUGAUGCUCUAUGUGAACAAAGGCUUUGGGACAUGAAAUAUAAAGGCAUGAAGAAUUUCUACAUGUGUGAAAUUCGGAAAGACUUCACGAUUGAUGCAACUUUUAAGGGAAAUGCUUCUCGCUUUCUAAACCACAGCUGCGAUCCCAACUGUAGUCUUGAGAAGUGGCAAGUUGAGGGUGAAACACGUGUUGGCGUGUUUUCUGCUCGAUCAAUUGAGGUUGGAGAGCCAUUAACAUAUGACUACAGAUUUGUGCAAUUUGGACCUGAGGUGAAAUGCCAUUGUGGUGCUCCAAACUGCCAACGCUAUCUUGGAACCAAAAAAAGAAUAAGUGCCAUGGACCUCUUCUGGGGUACAAAACGCAGGAGAACCACAGCAGCUCGUAUAACUGGUAUUACUGUAUGAUUCAUAUUAACUGGUGUAGUUGGGUCAAUAUUACUGUACAUUACUACUCUUGAUAUAAAGUGGGCCAACACGCAAGAAGAAUAGGAGCAAAAUAAGUACAAAUGCCAUUUGUUGCAAUGCUAUUAAAUUCUUUGAAAUUCAACAAACCAUUGUGAAGUUCUCCAGAAUUUUCUUGUUGGAGAACGUUGAUAUUGAGGAAUACGUGUAAUUGACUUUACCCAAUUUGUCUAAAGCGAUCAAAGAAUUCUUUUGUAGUAUUGAAUGUUUAAUGUUACUCAUUGGAGAUGAUUUCAUGAGUGAAAUUCAGCUA